GCCGCCAGAUUAUCUAACAGUCUAACCCAACCCAUUUCCCGCCAUGUUAAACCUUACUCCUAAAACCCUAUCCCCUUCCCCGUUUCUCUUCAACUCUAUUCCCAUUCCCAUUCCCCAAAACCCUAGCCCUAAAUUCCUCACCCAAUCGAGGCCGAGCUUCAAAUCCGAGUACCAAACCGAAAGGGGUCAUGAAUUCGAGACCGGCGAUACCUUCUUCCGGCACGAGAGCGCCACAGGCCGAGACCUCAGCGUUCUCGCCGCCUCUCUCUACAAGAAAUCCAAAUCCAAACUCCGUGUUCUCGACGCUCUCUGCGGUUGCGGGAUUCGGUCUCUCCGGUACCUGGUCGAAGCCGAGGCCGAUUUCGUGCUCGCAAACGACGCGAACGAAGAGUAUCGGAGAAUCAUAUCGGAGAACCUGUCUCGCGUCGAGAGGGAUUUUGGAGAGAGUGAAGGAAGAUGGGUAGUGACCCAUUUCGAUGCGAAUAGAGUAAUGGCGGAGUGUUAUCUGCAAAGGGAUUUCUUUGAUUUGAUAGACGUGGAUUCGUUUGGUAGCGACUCCUCGUUUUUCCUGAGAAAUGCGAUGAAUGCUCUGAAAUUGGACGGUGGAUUGCUUUAUGUUACUUGUACCGAUGGUUACUCAUCCGGUGGUCACCGCCCUCAUCAUUCAUUAGCUGCAUAUGGAGCUUAUGUUCGUCCAAUGCCAUUUUCGAAUGAGGUUGGUUUGCGAAUGCUUAUAGGUGGUGCUGUAAGGGAAGCAUCCGUGCUUGGUUAUAAUGUUACACCGUUAUUUUCAUACUAUUCAUACCACGGGCCUGUUUUUCGAGUCAUGCUCCAGUUAAAUCGUGGGAAGCUUGUUGAUGACAGGUAUUAUGGUUUCAUCAGCUACUGCCACCAGUGUGGAAAUUCUGACACAAUUUCUUGGGAUAAACUUGGUCAGAUCAGUUGCUCCUGUAGUGAUUCAAAGGUUUCUAGCUCACCCGUGGUUUCAGGGCCUCUUUGGACGGGACCUCUUCAUGAUGCCGCCUAUGUAACAGAAAUGUUGAACUUGGCGGAGCAAUGGGGGUGGGUGGGCAGUGGUAAAGGAACUGACCUUGAAAAACUUUUGAAACAAAUGGUGGAUGAAAGUGACCCCAGAUUACCAUUUGGUUACAUCAAGUUGGAUGAGUUGGCAAGCCGUGCAAAAGUAAAUUCUCCACCCCUAAUGACCAUGUUGAGCACCAUUCACAAGGAGGGGUAUGCUGCGAGUAGGUCACACAUUGCUUCCAAUGCAAUCAAGACAAACUGUCCCAUGACGGUAUGCAUCAGAAUUGCCAAGAAUCUACAGCAGUGUCAUAGUUAAAAAUCUGUUGAGUGAUUUGGCAUGGUGCAGUACUGUUGGUUCUCAACACAGUUGAUUUGAAAGGCAUCUAAUUCUGUUGCCCAAA